GGAGGAUUCAGACGGGGUAAGGAGCUACAUGGCCACCACCGGUUAAGGUGUGCGGGCCGCUGUGCUACUUUGGCCGGCUGGAGCCGGACUCCUGCGGGAGCUCACGAGGAUAGAGCCCGGGAGCUAGUCGGAUCGCCCGGCUCCGCAGUUGGGAGCCUCGCAGGCCUACUAGGGUGCCCGCGGGACGCGCUGCCCGGGCGAAUGUAGAGAAGCGAUGCCGCGCGUGCGGGAGCACCGGGGCUGUCCAGUCAUCCCGUGUCACCCUCCUGACACCCUGAGCCUCACAUCCCCGGUGUGCGGGAGGAAGACCCGCCCUCUUGGUGACCCGGGACCAGUACACUGUAAAGUGUCUUACAGCGUCACUCACCGGCCCUGAAGGCAUGCUGCAGAGUGCUGGUGCCAAGGCUUUAAGUUGCCUGGCACGCAGGAUGCUGCCCUGAAAGUGGCAACUCCAUAGUUGGAAUCAUCCUUUGAUUGUGUCUGGUGUAUUCAUUCACUGAAGAAGAAAAAGAAACCGUUCUCCGAAUUGCUAGGUUGCAUGCAAAGUAAAAUACUCAAUUUUAUGUUGGAGCCAAAUAAUUCAUCUUAAAAUACACUCCUUUAAAAAUAUGCUCACAUCUAUACUCUAAAUGAAAACCUCUUUAUGCAUAUUUAUUAAGGGUACACAAACAAGGUUUCUUAAUAUGAAGUUUGUUUUACAGUUUGAAUCACUAAAAUGAGAUCAUUGAAACUGAUUUAAAACCAUUGGACUGUCAUGUGACUGCAGACACUUUAUAGAGUGCCUUUAUACAUCUACAGGGAAAAGACAGACGAGACUUUUGUAUGUUUACUAAUGUGCUUUGUAAGUUGCUGCAUUGAAAUGGCAAACUGUGCAAGCAGAUUGGGAGAAAGUAGACUGGGGUUUAAAGAUUAGUUAAGUACCUCUGAUCCAGCCAUGACCAGGUGGGCUAGAGUUACAACUUCAAAUAGUAAGAGACCCUUGUCAGCAACAUCAUGGGAGGACAUGAAGAAGGGCUCUGCAGAGGGAGCAAACCAAAACCCUUCAAAUCAUAAGCGAUGUCAAGUCAGUGGGCUGUCCCUUAGAAACGACGCACCUCAGGCAAAACACAAGAAGAACAAAAAGAAAAAAGAGUAUUUGAAUGAAGAUGUGAAUGGGUUCAUGGAAUACCUGAAGCAGAGCUCACAGGUGCUUCACAAUGGACAGCUGAUAGCAGCCGACAGCAGAGAAGUAAGGGAAGAAAUUGCAGUGGCCUUAAAGAAGGACAGCCGGCGGGAAGGAAGGCGGCUAAAGAGACAGGCAGCAAAGAAGAAUGCAAUGGUGUGUUUCCACUGUCGACAACCUGGCCAUGGAAUCGCUGACUGCCCAGCUGUGCUAGAGAGUCAGGACAUGGGCACCGGCAUUUGUUACCGCUGCGGGUCCACGGAGCACGAGAUGACGAAGUGCAGAGCUAACGUAGACCCUGCGCUUGGCGAAUUUCCUUUUGCAAAGUGUUUUGUCUGCGGAGAAAUGGGACAUCUGUCCAGAUCCUGCCCUGAUAACACCAAAGGAGUCUAUGCUGACGGUGGCGGCUGUAAACUCUGUGGCUCCGUGGAACAUUUUAAGAAAGAUUGCCCUGAAAAUCAGAACUCAGAUCGAAUCAUCACAGUUGGUCGCUGGGCAAAGGGAAUGAGUGCAGACCACGAAGAUGUUCUGGAUGUGCCCAAACCACAGAAACCUAAAACAAAAGUACCCAAAGUAGUUAAUUUUUGAUAAGAAUUGGUACAGUUGUUAAGUACCAUCUCAAGGUUACUUCCCAAAGUAGGCCUUUAGAGAUUAAAGCUGGCCCGUGUGGGGGCAAACUUGUAUUAGAGACACGACUCUGACUUUGAUGGGGGUCAGGCUGCCUGCAGUCUGUCUAUUAAGGAGUACAGAGUGAUUGAUUAUAGUCUCUAGACGUGUGUGUGUGUGUGUGUGUGUGUGUGUGUGUGUGUGUGUGGUCUGUCUGCCUGUCUCUCUGUGCCUGUGUGUCUGUCUGUAUUUGAAACAGAGUCUAUGUAGCCCAGGUUGGCUUCAGACUAAUAACUGUGCACCAGGUCCAGAGUACUGAGAUUCAGGCAGUGUGAUUGAGAGCUUUUUUUAUCAGAUGGUACUUAGAAACAGCUAAGUGCCUCUACCUGAUGGUGGCAGUCACUGCUAUAAAUGUAAAUUAUGACUCAAAAUUGACCCCUAAACAAAGCACAUGCAUUUCAGCUUGUGAAUAAAUAUUUUGUUAUAUGCUCUUAAUUCAGAGUAUCAAUUUAUUGUCAUAGAAAUUUAUAUGUUGUCACAAAAUCUGUAAUUUUUAGUGCUGAAUAAAAUUAUAUCAGCUGUU